GCUGGGGCAGAGGCGCGCGGGCGGGGGCCAUCUCCCUUCUGCGGGCUUCUUCCCUUCCCUCGGUGCCAGCGUCCUCCUCUCUCCCGCGUCGGGAGCCCGGCCUGCCCCUGCCUCCCUGUCCCCUUUCUCUUCCUGUUGCUCUCCCUCCCAUCUCACUUCUUCUUGUGUGUCUCUCCUUCACUGGCCGUUUCCCCUCUUCCUUUUCCUUCUGUCUGUCUCUCCCUCUCCCCUCCUCACUUUCCUCUCUCUCCUCCCUCCACCCCUUCCUCUCCCUCCCUCCUCCUCUCUUCCCCUCCCCCGCUUCUUUUCAGCACAAAAGAAUUGUGCCUUUGAUUUUUUUUCUCCUAAGGUGACUUUUCAGACGGCAGUUCUUCGAAUUCUUUCCUCCCUUCCUCCCUUCCUCCCUCAGUUCAUCUCGUAUUGCUCCCUUAUUCUCGGCGAGGGCUUGCCCUGGGCAAUAGCCCAAGAACCCUGCAUCAGCCCAGAUCCUUUCUCCAACAGACCACAUCCAAAGAUCUGCACAGGUAACCUGUCCAGUGCCUGUCGUGGGAAAAAGCACAUAAAUGAUCAAAUUAUACAUUUCCGAAUUUUCAGAGUGAGCUGAAAGAAAAUACCUGGUUUUAGAGAAAAGGCGUUGAUUGCAUUAUUUUCUUGACAUUUUGCCUUUACUGUGGGCACAGACACCACAGCAGGAAGCUAAGCCUUGCAGGAGGAUUUGGGGGACCAUCUCACCCACACCUUCCUCCUGGGCAGGCUAUGAGAGGCCAGUGCAGGAUUCAGAGCUGGGCUGUGGGGAAGACGGUGACUGGGAGGCCAGGGCUUUGCAUUUGAAACACUUGGGUAAGAGUAGAAAUAAAAAAAUCACAGUAAGUUUCUAAAUAUGUACUUAUCAAUGCCUCUGAUGUACAGAAAUGAAGUAACAUAAUUGCUCUUGAGUGAUUAUUUUGUAAAAAUAAUUGUAGCAUUUGAAAUUAAUAUUUUUGUGUAAAUUAGGUAGUAGGAACAAGGUGAAAAUAUUUCAAGUUAAUAUCAAAGAUUGCCUUAGAGGUUUAGUAAGUGAACAAAUGUAGACAAGCAAGUCUCACUCAUUUCUGAGGGAUAAAGUGGAGGUAUUGUAUCCAGGCAACAUUUUAUUCCUGUUAAAAAUUUAAUCUUGUCAAAGAUGACAAAGAUGACAAGAGAGAUGUGAUUUCAUUUUUUUCAUGACAUUUUUAUGAUACAUACCUGUCUAUAUAUGUUCAGACAUACAUAAUAUAUACACUAAGUUUUAAAAAGGACCCUUGUUUGUUUUUAAUUAUCUUAAUUACCAACUAAAGCUUGAAGCUUUGGUUUCUUGGAAAUAAUUUAACCUAAUAUUGUAGUUUGUUGUGACCUUUAUUGAUAAUUCAGCUAACUUAAUUUUUCAGUUGUUGCAGAAAAGGAAAUUUGGCCAUAGAUAAAUCACACACAAGUGAGCAGAGGUUAGAAAUGAUGGAGGAAGAGUGCAGUGUGUUUAAUGAAAGAAUUUACUCACUUUUGAUCAAGAAUGUUGGAAAAAAUUGUAGGUAUGUGCAUGCAACUUUGGUUGGUGAAACUAUUUUCUGGAUUAAAGAGUUAAAUUGUCUUUUAAGUAAUCUAACUAUGACUUCCACUGUAUCAUCUGGUGGGAGGGGUAAAAGGUUGUCAAAUAAUUUAGAAUUCAUCUGAUUUGCUUAGCACCUUUUUCUUUCAGAAAUCUAGGAGAGGCAACCCUUGUUUAAAAGAGAUAAUCACACCAGUUAAAAAAAAAUAAGUUUUGGGCUUCAGUGCUUUGAAACUUGCCUUCCUUCACGAAGUAGUCUGUGUCUCUGUAAGCACAUCUUCCUUCUACCCUUAGAUGGAUGACUCUAUUGUUGGCAUCUGGGAGGGUCUGACUGAGCAGUUGGUGUGUAAUCACAGACUGAAGGUUUGCACAGUAAUUGUGACCACCGUUUAGGGAUCUUGCUUUAUUUCUUAAUCUCAUGAGGAAUGAGAGUUGCCAUUCUGGGGACUCUUACUACCUGCCAUGCACAGAGCUCUGGUAGUCCUGUUGGGAGGCUCCCGAAGGGGAGAUCACAGCCUCUCUUACUUAUAAGGAGAAUGAGGCCCAGAGUGGUCAUCUGUGAUCACACAGGUAGUGAGUGGCAGGGCUGAUUUGGAACCCAAGUUAUCCCCUGGAGCCUGAGCAUGGAGGGCUAAUUCAGUCCCGUUGUGUGACUUCCCUGUUGCAGUGCAAGUUGUGUCUGAAAUAUCCUUCCACACAGAUCCGCCCAUUGCCAGUGGGCGGUGUUUGGUAGAAUCCUGUUCCUUGUUCUAGUGUCCUGCUGCCACCCUCGGCCAUGUCUAUGGCUGACUGUCCAUCUACACAGCAGGACCCCUUUGAGGUACUGGCCUCUGCUUUCAUUGGCCCUGCAUCCACAGAGGCUCGGGCAUCUGAGUGGCUGAUGGGAUCCCAUUUUCCCCUAUGAGGGUCCACAUGGCUAAGGGGUGUUGAUACCAGGGCAGCCUCACUGCAGGCCUGGGGCUGACUGUGUGCCAGGAAUCUUAUACUUGGCUUUGCUGGAACACAGUAGGCAUUGCUGCUAGAGAGCUGCAGCCAUAGCUGGCAGUGGAGCUUGUGGGGGCUGUCGGGAAUCCCUCCUCUCCCUAGCUCUGGGGCACCACCAGCCAGCCUGCAGAAAAGCUUGGGCCACUCUUCAGUAUGCAAUUUUUUCAGUGUGCCAGAGCCAGGAGCAUGUCUAGAAACGUGUAUUCCCUUUGUUAGGAAAACCCAGGACAUAUGCAAAAUAAGUUAAUGGAUACCUAUCCUCUGGAAUCUUCUGCAGAGGCCUGGGAAGCCUCUCCAGAGACCAGGGACACCAAAGGAUUGGAGGCACAGGAGGUACUGUCUGUUCUUGUUUGUUUUAGCAGAAGAGAAAGGCAGACACAGCAAAGCACUGCCUGGGGCCUAUGUGGUGUCAGGGAGUAAGAGCUGGUGUGUGACCCACAGCUGGAGGCUGGCCAGUUGACUUGGGGUGGAGAGUGCCUUCAGCCAUCUCAGGAAAAUGAGGUCAUCCAGUUGGUUGCCAAGAGUUCUUUUUUCUGCAAGUGGAGCGGAAGGAGAAAAAUGCCCAGGCCAUUUUGUCAUUCAUUAAACACUGUUGCAUGCUGGUUCCGGAGAGCUCACAAGUAGAGGGAAGGUGGCCAUGAUGUCUACUCCACCUGCUUGUCCUCUGAGAACAGCUUAUCUCCCUGACGUUUAUUGAGCCGGACUCUGGCACUUUAACCGUGUUAGUCCAUCCAGUCUUUCCGACAGUCCAGUGAAGUGAGCACCAAGGUGAUUCUCUUUGCAGAUGAGAACUCGGAGGCAUGGGGUGGACCCACACCUUGCCCCAGGAGGCAGGGUUGGUAAGAGCUGGGCCAGACUGGAGUCUAGGCCCCCUGAGCCUGGUGCCCGUGCACUUAACCUCUACGUGGAUGGAAGGCUUGAAGGUUACCUGGGACAACCUGGUCACGGCACAGACAGGGUCCCCGGAAGUCUACACAGGGUGAAGCUGCAAGCUCUGGAAGGAAGCAACACUGGAUUAUGGUUUCCGCUGGGCGAAGGAAGUCACCUCUGAGCGCAGUUCUGACCCUCCUCAGGGCGGCCCAUCCAGCACCUGAAGGAAGGGCACAUUGAGAGCCCGAGCUCGCUGGGCUUCCCACCGGCACAGUGACCUUGGCACCCACAGACCAAUCAGCUUUCUUCUCAGUGAGUUCAAAUGGCGAACCGCUCUGCUACUUCCCCAAGGAAGAACCAGGCGGGUUCUCGUGGGGGCAGCACUAGAGCCAGGGGGAGACGAAGGAACGGGAAGAGGCUGGAGACCCUGGGUUUGGCCUCGCCUUUCAAUCUGUGUCACAGUUGGAAAUCCAGGGGUGCCCCUCCACUGCAGGUAGCCACCUCCCUGCCACGCCUGCGUGUGAGCCUUUGGUGCCCAGGACAGCAGUGGUGGGCAGGAGGGAGUGCCGUCUGUGCCAGAGAGGAUCUGGGGGUCCUCAGGGAGGAGGCUGUGCCUGAGCCCCACUGUGGAAUGAGCCGGUGUUCACAGGUCCGAGGGGAGUGCAGCUGUCUGCUGCACUCUGAGCACUCUGUGCACACUGAGGCCUGAGACAACACACGCGGGUGUCUUGGUAACCCUGGGAAGCUUGGCUGGGCAAAUGCAUAAGCCUGAGAAGUGGCCACUGCUGGGUGUCCCGGGCCACCAAGGGGGGGCCACUGCCUGAUAGCAAGGGGCUGGGACGGCAGCAAGGGGCAGCGUGGGACAUAAGGCUCUCACAGCAAGCCUGGCUUGGAGCAAGUGGAAGGAGACCACGUGGAAGCUGGUGGGGUGUGAAGCCAUCAAAAGGGCUGCUUGCCUGCAAGGACACGGCAGCCUGAGGAGCAGAAGCUUGAAGCCAGAGCAAGGACAGAGAAGGGUACUGUGAGGAGCAGGGACUGUGACGUGCACAGUCCUCCAGUGCUGCGACCCCCUGGUGCUGUGGCCUCCUGGUGUCCUCCACACUCAGCGAGGACCACAGGGUGAGCACACGGCUUCCUCGCAUUUGUGGCUGCGCACGGACAGACGAUCCAGAAGGUCCUGCAGGGCCCUGGGGGCUGCGCGCUGUCCCCAGAGCAGGCUCUUCCCUUCCCUCCAGCCUCUCACUUUCUCAGCCGUUUCUGCCAGGGGAUCCUGCGACCAGGGGCUGCUGCUCCCGGGUGUUUUCAACAGUGACCUCUGUCCCCAGGCCUGCCACUGGGGGUAGGCUCUGGAGUCCAGUGCUGUCCAAAUGCCCCUCUCCUUGGAGGCAGUGUGGUCGGUGCUCCCAUUCCACAGAGGCAAAGGAGGCCAGAGCAUCAGGGCCCGUGGCCGAGUGUGUCUGGCCCAGCCAUCCCGGCGAGCUCUCCCAUCUCCUGGCUUCUCCCUUGGCCAAGCCCUGAGGAACCUCAGAGCCCUGAACACUGGUGGGGCUGGAGAGUCUCCCGUGGCCCGGGCCCACGGCCCAGCAUGGCUGCUGAGAAGGGGGCCCCGCUGGGCCUGUCGGCUGCAGACAGAUGGAAGCUCAGUGAACCUGAGCAGGGCCAGGGCCGCAAGCCGGUGCUGCUCCAGAAAACGAACCGCCUGGGCUGCGAGGCUGCUGUGGGCAGGGGGCUGCGGGAUGCCGCCUGUGCUGCGCUGGCGCUGUCGGUGGCAGUGGGCACACCCAGCCUGGGCAAGCCGCUGCCCCAGAAGGCAUGUGGGGAGCAAAGGCAGAGCGCCUUCACGGAGCUGCCGAGGCUCGAGGAGAGGCUGGCGGGCGGUCAGGCCCAGGAGAGGGGGCAGGAUGACCCUGCAGACCAGCCUGGCCCCGCACAGCUGAUCCAGGAUGUCCCCAGGGACCCAGUUAGCAGCAUAGUCUUGUCUGUGUGGCCCAGUAGAAGCCGAGGGGAGCAGAGAAGCGCCUUCAGCAAGCCAACCAAGCGAGCAGCAGAAAGGCCUGGGCCAACCCCUGUCUUCCCCGCAGGUGAAUCUGCAGAUGCCCUGGGUGAGCUGUCUGGACUCAUCAACACUGCAGACACCUCUUGUUGGGGUCGACUUUCAACUCCCAAACUUUUGAUCAGUGAUUUCUGGAACUUGCAAAUGUUGCCACAAAAUGCUCCAUUCUGCAGCGCUUUCCUGGGUGCCCCUAGGCUGUCACUGGACCACACGCAGGCCCAGGCACUGACACCCUUGUCUUCUUCCCCCACUUCAUGGGCCCUCCUGCCACCCACCCUCACCUCCCUGGGUUUGUCCACCCAGAACUGGUGUGCAAAGUGCAACCUCUCCUUCCGCCUGACGUCCGACCUGGUCUUCCACAUGCGGUCCCACCACAAAAAGGAGCCCACAGGGCCAGACCCGCAUUCUAAGAAGCGGAGAGAAGAGGCCCUCACCUGCCCCGUGUGUCAAGAGCACUUCCGGGAGCGCCACCAUCUCUCCCGGCACAUGACUUCUCACAGUUAGCAGGUGAUCGCGGAGCGACCAUGGGGUACAGCAUGCAGUAUUGGCAGUGGGCAGGGGGUCUCCCUGGGCCUCCCUUUGAGGAGGCUGUCCCAGUCGUCUGCAGCGCUGGCUCCUUUGGUGUCCACAGAUGAACAGCUCAGUCACAAUUUGGAAGAGACGGGCAAGCCUGUGCAACGUGUGUUGAAGAAAACAGAGUCCUGGAUUAAAGCGAUGGGCUUUGCUCAUCCAAGGCAUAGUCCCCAGGAGUGGGGUCCGCUGUGGCGCAGGCAUGGGCUUUGGAGGCAGACAAGCCUGGAUUCUGGGCUGUUGCUCGUGCUGGCCAUGACCUUGGACAGGGGUUUUCACCUGCUGUGAAACAGAGCUGGCAAUGUCUGUGUCUUAGGGUUGGCGUCUGAGUUACAUGGAAAGUGGCCAGCAUGCUGCCUGGCAGGACGCAGUGCUGCGCGAGCGAGGUUUACGGCUAUGUUCCUGGUCAGCCAUCGCUAGUAACCAGCUCUCAGUGGCAGACAAGCAUCUGUGUCUCGGUCACAGCCUGCAGUUGGCUGGGGUGGGCGGGGCUACAGGUUUGAUUCCAGCCAGGCUGUUUCUCUGUCGAGGCUGCCAGGCUGCCCAGAGCAGGCUUCUUUGUGGCUCUGCCUAGAGCAUAAGAGGGCAGGCCCCAAACACAAGCGCAUCUCAGGCCUCUGCUUGAGUCAUGGCGCUCACAUCCUCUUGGCCGAUGCAAGACAGGGCGGGGCCCAAUGCUGAGGAGUGACAAAGCACAGGCUGCCCUCGGGGAGGCCGUGGCCGGAGUGCGUGGGUAUUCCCUCUCUGGGAGGAUGAGAUGAGAUGGGGAGUUCAACCCGCCAUAUUGCUUAGGUGAAAAGGGGGAGAUAGAACACAUCCCCACCUGCACGCACACCCGUUCGCUCCCGAGAAUGGGGCAUGUGCAGAAACAGGCUUCAAACACUGUGAGGAUCAGGAAAGUUCUGGGUACCACCUAUUGUCUACAGCGUUUCUGUCAGUAGCUAUCACACAUCCCCAUGUGGGCCCUCGUCCCUGACAGUGCAAGGCACAGGCCACACCCUCUGACGUGACACAGGCCCGUCUGUGUGAAAGUCCUUCCUGGGGAGCUUCUGAGCCAGUGCAGUUCGUCCACUGGUUUCUGCCUCACUUUCAGGACUUGCUGGUUUCCAGCCCUCUGGUGGGGUGUCCAGCACAGGGCUCAGGUCUGCAGCAGGGAAGGAGCCAGGGUGAACCAGUGGGGGGGUCUCAGCCAGCUGCUAGCCAGCCACCCUGAGAUGGCACCACUUCCCGCACUGUCCUCUGUGCCCAGCCUGUUGAGGUGGCAGCAUCUCCCACCUGGCUGUCCCUCUGCCACCCAGGCACCCAUCCGUUGCUCAUGUGCAGCCAGAUCAUCUUCUGAAAGUCUGAGUCCGGCGGAGCCUCAGCUGCCCUUCACACUACAACCCUCCCCCAGCAGGGCCUCUGGGAAGCUUCAAGAAUGAGGCUCUGCCUAAUGCUAGUAAUUGCGGGACUCGUUUCCCAGCCCCUGUGUGCCAGGCAGUAGUGUAGGUGCUGGAAGAAUACAGACAGUAUGCUGUGUGUCCUGCAAGAGCCCUGGGAGACAAGUGCAGUUUCCUUUCUGUUCUACAGUGAGUCGUGAUUGUGAGUGGUGCUGCAGCACCCCAGGCGCCCCUGAUAGGCCAUUCUCACUGGGGUUAGGUGGUAUCUCAUUGUGGUUUUGAUUUGCAUUUCUCUAA